GUUAGGAUUUUGUUUUUUAAUUUCUUUGUUCUCAAGAAACAGAAACAAACUCAUCAGUCAUCAGAAUCCAAAAGAAAAAACUGAUCAAAAGAAAAAGAAAAAAAGAAAAAAAAAAGAGAGAGAAAAGCAAAAAGCUUUAUAAGGUAGCAAUGAGAAAACUAACCCAACUACAACUACAAUACAAUACUCUUCAAAACAGAUAAUAAGAGAGAGACGUGAACAAGAGCUUCUUUUCUUUCACCUUCCUCAAUUCUCACCAAAGAAAACCCAAAACACCCCAAAAAAUAAAAUUUUAUUUAUUUAUUUGUAUAAUUUUUUUCCCCUUCUUCAUUAUCCAUUUCCUUCUCUCUUGCCAAAUCCUUACCUUCCUUGUCUAUAGAUCCUCACAAGCCCAAUUCAAUCUGUACCAUAUUAUAACUUAUUUUUUUUAUUCAAACUUAUUUAUUGGUGUUGUAAGUUGUUUUUUUUUUCUUUUUAAAUAAAAGACAACAAGAAUUUUUAAUCUAUUUUUGAAAAGGAUAUCCUUAUUGUAUAUGGGUUUGUUUUUAGAAAAGUGUCAAGGUUUACUGGGUUUUGUUUAGAUUUCAUUUCUUUUUGUUGGUGUUUUUUUUUUUUGCAAAACCCAUAAGGUAUAACACAAUAGAUUUCGAAAUUAAGAAAAAAAAAAUCUGGUGUGUAGUAGCAGUUCGUUUCCAGUUGGGACUUUGUUUUUGUGUUCUUUGUAUUUGCUUGUUUUAGAAACUUGUACCUAAUCUAUUCAAUUAAGCAAGCAAAAAUCAAGAUAGAUGGACAUGUUUGUGACCUGAAGAUUCUAUCUUUUUAUCUGAAUCAAGGCAAAGGCUGUUUCCUUUUCUACAAUUAGGGUUUUUUUAUUCAAUUGAUUAAUUUUCAAAAGAGGAACAGCCUCGUGUUAUGCUCAAAGGAGAAAUUGGAGAAUCGGGGAUUUUAAUAAUCUGGGUAUUUGUUGCCUUUGUUUUUUGGGCUAUUGGGACUAUUAUGAGGAAUAGUAAUGAUGGGCAAAAUCAUAAGAAUUUGCAGGGACGAGCUAAUAAUGGGUUUUUACCAAGCUCGUUUCGGGCGAUUUCUAGCUAUUUGAGGAUUGUUUCAUCUGGGGCAUCUACUGUUGCAAGGUCUGCUGCCUCUGUUGCACAAUCUAUUGUUGAUAGAGAUGACGAUGCCAGCAAUGAUCAGGUCCACUGGGCCGGGUUUGACAAAUUAGACGAUGAGGGUGAUGUUCGGCGAGUUCUGUUGUUAGGAUAUCGGUCUGGUUUCCAGGUUUGGGAUGUUGAAGAAGCAGACAAUGUCCGCGACCUAGUUUCUAGACAUGAUGGUCCUGUUUCAUUCAUGCAACUGCUACCAAAGCCAAUAGCAUCAAAGAGGUCAGAGGACAAGUUUGCAGAAAGCCGACCUAUUUUGGUAGUUUGCACUGAUGGGACCAUUUCUGGAGUUAAUGAUAUUUCAGAUGGGUUGCCUAGUCAAUGCUAUGGGAGCAUCCCUAACUGCCAUGAGUCUGGCAGUGGUAAUUUUGUGCCAACUAUUGUGCGGUUCUAUUCACUGAGAUCUCAAUCUUACAUACAUAUGCUCAAAUUCAGAUCAAUUGUUUAUUCUGUGAGGUGCAGCUCUCGAAUUGUUGCAAUUUCUCAAGCAGCUCAGAUUCACUGUUUUGAUGCCACAACAUUGGAGAGGGAAUAUACUAUUCUUACGAAUCCUAUAGUCACGGGUUAUCCUGGUUCUGGAGGUCUGGGCUAUGGACCUCUUGCAGUUGGUCCCAGGUGGCUGGCUUAUAGUGGAAGUCCAGUUGCAAUCUCUAGCUCUGGACGUGUUAGCCCACAACAUUUAACAUCUUCUGCAAGUUUUUCUGGUUUUAAUUCAAAUGGGAGUUUGGUUGCACAUUAUGCAAAAGAAUCGAGUAAACAACUUGCUGCUGGAAUUGUGAUGCUCGGGGACAUGGGAUAUAAGAAAUUCUCCAGGUAUUGCUCAGAGCUUCUACCUGAUUCCCACAGUUCCUUUCAAUCAGCGAAUCCUGGCUGGAAAGCGAAUAGUACUGUUAAUGGCCAUUUGCCAGAUGCAGAUAACGUAGGAAUGGUUGUUGUCAGGGAUAUUGUUGGUAAACUUGUGAUUGCCCAGUUUAGAGCACACAGGAGUCCUAUUUCUGCAUUGUGCUUUGAUCCUAGUGGCACCCUUUUAGUUACUGCCUCAGUACAUGGUCAUAACAUAAAUGUUUUUAAAAUAAUGCCUGGAAUCCAAGGAAGCUCUUCUGCAGGUGAUGCUGGAGCAUCUUACACACAUCUCUACAGGCUGCAACGUGGAUUUACCAAUGCAGUUAUACAGGACAUAAGUUUCAGUGAUGACAGCAACUGGAUUAUGAUAAGUUCCUCAAGGGGGACAAAUCAUUUGUUUGCUAUUAAUCCCUUUGGAGGACCAGUGAACUUUCAGACUUUGAUUGCUAAUUACUCUGCUAAAAAUAGUGAAUCGGGUGUAAUGACCAAGUCUGCUGUUCGUUGGCCGUCUAGUUUGGGUUUACAAAUGCAUAAUCAGCAGAGCCUUUGUGCAUCUGGUCCUCCAGUUACACUAUCUGUAGUCAGCAGAAUAAGAAAUGGGAAUAAUGGCUGGAAAGGCUCUGUAACUGGUGCUGCAGCAGCUGCAACAGGCAGAUUGAGUUCCCUUUCAGGGGCUAUUGCUUCCUCUUUCCAUAACUGCAAAGGCAACAACGAUUUGUAUUUGGAUGGCACCAUUUUGAAGUCAAAGUACCACCUUCUUGUUUUUUCACCAUCUGGUUGUAUGAUACAGUAUGUAUUGCGUAUAUCAGCUGGCAUAGAUUCGAUGGCUGUUGUGCCUGGAUUAGGCACAGCUUUUGAAUCAGUUCCAGAAAGUGAUGGGAGGUUAGUAGUUGAGGCAAUUCAAAAGUGGAAUAUUUGUCAGAAGCUAAACCGAAGAGAGCGGGAGGAUAAUGUUGACAUAUACGGUGAGAAUGGGAUUUCAGACAGCAAUAAGAUAUAUCCCGAAGGCAAGAAAAAAGGAAAUAGUGUUCAUCCUGAAGGUAUGGGUGCAACUAUAAAAGAAAAGAUCAACCCUGAGGAAAAGCAUCAUUUGUAUAUUUCAGAAGCUGAACUACAGAUGCAUCAACCUCAUACUGCAUUAUGGGCAAAGCCUGAGAUCUACUUCCAACCGAUGAUGACAGAGGGGAUAAAAAUGGAUGGAGAAAAUGCAAUGUUAGGUGAAAUUGAGGUUGAAAGGCUUCCAACUCGCACAAUUGAAGCAAGGUCAAAGGAUUUAGUUCCGGUUUUUGACUAUCAUCGAUAUGCGAGGGUUCCUGCCUUAGAUAAUAACAUUAAUGUGCAGCCUCAGCAUCAAAGGUCUGUGCUGUCUGAAAAUGGCAGGAUUUCAUGUAGAAGCAGCUCUUGCUCUCUCGACUGCAUGACCGAUUGCGGUGCUGUAGCAGCUGAACGUCGGAAUGGAGUUGAAGAAACAGGGUGGAAUGAUUCUAGGAUGCCCUCAGAAGUUAUGGGCUAUGUAAAUAGUAGCGAUGGCUCUAAAAUAGAUACUCCACUCGAUAAUGUAAAUAGUAGAGAUAGCUUAAGAACAGAAGCUCAACUCAAGCUUGUAAAUAGUAACAAUGGAGGCCCAAGAAUGGAGAACCAUUUUGAAGAUGAGGGCGAUGAGUUUGAUUAGAGGUGCGGUGUUAUUCUUUUAUUCUGCUUGAACUGGAAAGUUCAUUAACCAUGUUAAUAUUUGUGGAUGGAAUUGUAGACAAGAGUGAGAGGAAGUGUUGAUACUUUGUUUGUAUGCUGGGACUUGGGACUCCAGUCUUAUAUUGACGUUGUAAAUAAUACACAUAUUUGCAAUAAUAAUCAGUUGUAAUAUAUGUAAAUAAAAGUAUAGCAUAACCUUAAGCAA